GCAUGUCUUUGAACGUAACCCGGAAGUAAAAAGGACUGUUUUCAAUUUAUCGGCGCGAACAAGAGGGCAUGUUGUUUUGAUUUUCAUUGAAUCGGUAGAUUUGACAGCACUUUGGUUAAAUAGCAGUACGUUACUUAUGCAUCAUGUGUGAAAAGAUGAAGAAGGUGAACAUCUGGCUCAGCUCAGUGUUUGGAGAUCAGCUUGUGCCUCAGUUCGAGGUAAACACCAGGACGGUAGACAUCCUAUACCAGCUGUGUGAAUCAAGUGAAGCUCGAUGUAGUGAAAUAUCUCUGCUCAUAGACGACCUCAAACAAAAGACGACAGAAUAUCAGGCUGACGCUUCCCAUCUCCAGGAUGUUCUCCUCCAAGCCACAGGCCUCUCUUCUGCCGGUUUGUCCAAACCUGCUGCUGAUUACCUCUCCGCUUUAGUGGACAAUGCAAUGGUGCUGGGUGUGAAAGACACGUCUCUGGCCAGUUUCUUGCCAGCAGUGAACAACUUGACCAACGAACAUCUGGAAGCAGAGAAGACACACAGGAGACUGGAGAGGGAACUGAAGGCUCUCAGGAAGAAACUGGCGGACACUCUGGUGCUGCACAGCAGUUUACAGGAGGACGUCAGCAAAGCAGUUAAAGCCCAGGCGUUGGAGAGCGCUAAAGCAGAGGAGAGGCUGCUCAACAUGGACUUUGUCAAGGCAAAAACUAAAGAGCUCAGCAACAGACGAGAGAGGGCAGAGGCUCAACUCUUAUCCAGGAACAUGGACAAGUCCAUCACCCACCAGGCCAUUGUGCAGCUGGCUGAGGAAGUCAACACGCUGAAGAAAGAAAUAAUCCCGUUGAAAAAGAAACUGGAUCCUUACAUGGACCUCAGCCCGAACCCUUCACUGGCUAAAGUGAAAAUAGAAGAAGCUAAAAGAGAACUGGCUGCACUCGAUUCCCAGUUUGAUAUGAAUGUGGAUUUUAAAUAAAACAAAAAUAUUGUAAAAGUUGUGUUGAAUAAAUUCAGUUAAAUC